CGCGCCCUGCAGCCAGAACCCCCUGUCCAGUUGACUCAUCGCCGGAGCGCUCCUCUGUGGAUAUUCCCGCUCCGCGCAGGAAGAGCGCACCCCGGCGAUGGACGACGAGUUCCUCUCCAACUUACCCCCGGCCCUGUCCGGAGACUCCGAGACUCUGAGCCCCAACUCCACCGAGGAGCCCGGCUGGUGGGCGUCCUCGGACGGCGGGGAGACGGUCCACUUCGCCGUGCGCUGCGUCAUGACCUCGGUAUACAUCCUGAUCAUCACCGUGGGUCUCCUGGGCAACAUCACUCUGGUGAAGAUCUUCAUCACCAACAGCGCCAUGCGCAGCGUGCCCAACAUCUUCAUCUCCAGCCUGGCGGCGGGGGACCUGCUGCUGCUGGUCACCUGCGUGCCCGUGGACGCCUUCCGCUACUUCUCCGAGGAGUGGGUGUUCGGCGAGGCGGCGUGCAAACUCAUCCCCGUCAUCCAGCUCACCUCGGUCGGCGUGUCCGUGUUCACGCUCACGGCGCUCAGCGCGGACAGGUACAAGGCGAUAGUGAACCCGAUGGACAUCCAGACGUCCAGUGCUGUCUUCUGGACGUGUCUGAAGGCUGUUUCUAUCUGGCUGCUGUCCGUCCUGUUGGCUGUUCCUGAGGCCAUUUUCUCACAAGUUGUCUCCAUGCAGGGUCACAGGGACAACACUAACGUCACCUUUGUGAACUGCGUGCCCUACCCGCUGUCCAAUCAGAUGCAUCCCAAGAUUCACUCUGUGAUGAUCUUCCUGGUUUACUUCCUGAUCCCUCUGGCCAUCAUCUCGGUGUAUUACUACCACAUCGCCCGCACGCUUAUCAAGAGCGCCCAUGACAUGCCGGGGGAGGUCAGCGAACACACCAAGAGACAGAUGGAGACGAGGAAGCGUCUGGCCAAGAUCGUGUUGGUGUUCGUGGGCCUCUUCGCCCUGUGCUGGUUCCCCAACCACGUGCUCUACAUGUACCGCUCCUUCCACUACCACGAGAUGGAUCUGUCCCUGGCUCACCUCGUCGUCACCCUGCUGGCCAGAGUCCUCAGCUUCUCCUCCUCCUGCGUCAACCCGUUCGCCCUGUACCUGCUCAGCGAGAGCUUCCGCAGGCACUUCAACAGUCAGCUGCAAUGUGGUCGAGGUCCCCGCCCCGAGCGCCAAGCCAGCUACCUGCAUAGCACCUCCCACAUCCGCCUCACCUCCAUCAAGAAGACCACGCCCACUGCCGCCAUCAUCGCUCCAGCGGCCAAUGGCAACUCCAACAGACAAGAAGUGGCUCUGUGAUUUUCAUCCUGCAAACACAGGACUCCCGCAGCUGUGAGAGCAGGACAGAUAUUUUGGUGUGUUGUCUGUGUGGAUGGGUACAGGAAACGCUCCAGGCCUCGUAUCGGUUGAAUGAUUGUGCCGGUCGCUCCUGUCAUACUUCAUCAUCUACAUCCUCAACUUGGCAACCAAACAAAAAGUGCCUCUUUUUAAAUACAAGUUCAGACAUCAAAAGGAACAGCCAAAAUCAUCAGAUCUCCAGAUUUACUGAAAUAUGUUUGCUGAAAGUAGAAGUUAAAGUUUCAAGGAACGCUUUAACGCACCACGAGCCCGAGGCUGAGAGGACAGGCAGUCUUGUUGACAGCAUGGUUACCACAUUAGCACGUCUGCAGUGUUUUUUUUCUGUGCUAAGUUGCUGUAAUUGCUCUUCAUCUAUUUACUGACACAGUAUUGAUCCACAGAAAGGGGAAAUUUCGCCUGUCGUUUUGUCUGCUGCCUCUUGAUAAGGAGGGUCACACACAGAGCCACGUCCCCAGAGACCUCUUACUCAAGGACGUUUCAGAGAAUGUCUUGGACCGUUGAAGGAUUGAACGUUUGACUCUCCAGUUAUGGGAUGGUGUAUCUGAACUCCUGCUACGACGACUACAGGAGAUUAAGGGGAUGCAUUUGUAGCAGCUAAAAACUACACGGAGCCUUGUAAACCAAAAAUAUCUCCCAGUGUGGAGGAAAAUCUCUUUGGUACAUGUUUGGUUUGGGGCUCUGUUGCUCCCUGUGUCCACCAGGCGCAACAGUUUGAUAGCUGAUGGCACUAAACGGAUUCUUGUGGAAGGUGCCACUGGGCUUUAUUUUCUGUUGUUUGUGACUUCAGUGGGAGCAUGUGCUGUACUCUUUUGCUAAACAGAAGAAAAAAAAAAACUCACACAAGUGCAGUUGUGUGAAAUGAUGCCAUAAUCCAGCACUGACUGCAACCUUGACUGGAGGAGUUUGCCCAUCCAGUCUACAUGUGGAUUGUGGAUUUGCAGGGUUAGGGUUGCAGCCGAGUGUGAAGCAGCGGGGGUGUGUCAUGCCCUCCAAGUCUAAGGCCUCGGUACUCCACCUAAACUGGGGAUUUCUCCCUCUGGGCUGGGAGUGUGAUUCUGCCCCAGUCAAAGGAGGAUCUCUGGGUCUUGUUUACGAGUGAGGGUAAGAUUCAACGUUGAGUUUUUUAGUGAACGCCGGGUAAAAGGCCGGUGCCCCUACUAAACUGGCUCAUGUGGCAAAUUCAACAUUCACCACUCUGCUUCUCUGAGUUUUUAUUUCUAACAAAAAACUAUUCUUACUCACAAAUUCAUUAAUUAAGAGAGGGAAAGGGAUUAGGUUUCUCAAGCCACCGGAGGGCUUUUAAUCUGAAACACAACACAAAUGAAUGAAGUGUUUACUUCAACAGAACCAGCAGCAAAUCCAUUUCAGGGACAAUAUCAAUUGUCUUCAUGACCGCCAUCUAAACAUUUGUUUAUUAUUCAUUUAUUAUGGAAGACUUAAUUCUCCAUGUGUUGAAUUCUGUGCUUGCCUGUGGAUAAAUGUAGCAUUCGUGCAUGACCUGCUGUGCACUGAGCUAAAAUCCUGUCCAGUUUAUGGUAGCAAGGAUUUGGAAUGAAUUACCUGGUACCAACUGACAUCUCUAUUUUCACUAGGCCAUAAUAAUUACCAAAUUACAUUCCAGGAAACUAUGUUUCUUAUAAAUUAUUAAAGUUAAAAUAAAGCGACAGAGAAACUUUUGUUUAUAUAUAUUCUCAACAAGUGGGACAUUUGAAGUGAAGACUUUCAAUUAUAGAUGAUAACCCAUCAGUGAUGAGGCACC